GCUCCCAGCAGAAGGCGCAGCCAUGAACCCGUUAUUCGGGCCCAACCUCUUCCUCCUGCAGCAGGAGCAGCAGGGCCUGGCCGGGUCGCCGGGGGACCCGCUGGGAGGCGAGCACUUCGCGGGGGCCGGGGACGCGCCCCCGGCCGCCCUCGGCGCGGCGGGCGCGGCCGCCUACUCGCCCCCCGGGCCGGGCCGGGCGCCCCCCGCCGCCAUGGCGCUCCGCAACGACCUGGGCUCCAACAUCAACGUGCUCAAGACCCUGAACCUGCGCUUCCGCUGCUUCCUGGCCAAGGUGCACGAGCUGGAGCGCCGCAACCGGCUGCUGGAGAAGCAGCUGCAGCAGGCGCUGGAGGACGGCAAGCAGGGCCGGCGGGGCCCGGGCCGGCGCGACCAGGCGGUGCAGACGGGCUUCGUGGGCCCCAUCCGGCCGCUCGGGCUGGCCCUGGGCGCGCGGCCGGCCGCCGUGUGCGCCCCGUCGGCGCGGGGGCUGGGCUCGCCCGCCGGCCCCGCGCCCGCCCCGGGCCCGCCCGCCGCCGCGCGCUUCACGCCCGGCACCAUCUGGUCCUUCUCGCACGCGCGCCGCCUCGGCCCGGGGCUGGAGCCCACGCUGGUGCAAGGGCCCGGCCUGUCCUGGGUGCACCCCGACGGGGUGGGCGUCCAGAUCGACACCAUCACCCCCGAGAUCCGCGCCCUCUACAACGUUCUGGCCAAAGUGAAGCGCGAGCGGGACGAGUACAAGCGGAGGUGGGAAGAGGAGUACACGGUGCGGCUGCAGCUGCAGGAGCGCGUGGCUGAGCUGCAGGAGGAGGCCCAGGAGGCUGACGCCUGCCAGGAGGAGCUGGCCAUGAAGGUGGAGCAGCUGAAGGCCGAGCUUGUGGUGUUCAAGGGGCUCAUGAGCAAUAACCUGUCAGAGCUGGACACGAAGAUCCAGGAGAAGGCCAUGAAGGUGGACAUGGACAUCUGCCGCCGCAUCGACAUCACGGCGCGGCUCUGCGACGUGGCCCAGCAGCGCAACUGCGAGGACGUCAUCGCCAUGUUCCAGGUCCCGCCCAUGGGGGGGCGGAGGCGGGAGCGCAAGGCGGCGGCGGAGGAGGACGCGCCCGUGGGGGACAGCGCCGGGCCGCGGCCCCCCGAGGGGGAGGAGGACGAGAGCGCCGCCCUGAGCAUCGGCGAGGAGAUGCAGCGGAUGCUGAACCAGCUGCGGGAGUGCGACUUCGAGGACGACUGCGACAGCCUGGCCUGGGAGGAGACGGAGGAGACGCUGCUGCUCUGGGAGGAUUUCUCGGGCUACGCCAUGGCGGCCGCCGAGGCCCAGGGCGAGCAGGAGGACAGCCUGGAGCAGGUGAUCAAGGACACGGAGUCGCUGUUCAAGUCCCGGGAGAAGGAGUACCAGGAGACCAUCGACCAGAUCGAGCUGGAGCUGGCCACGGCUAAGAACGACAUGAACCGGCACCUGCACGAGUACAUGGAGAUGUGCAGCAUGAAGCGGGGCCUGGACGUGCAGAUGGAGACCUGCCGCCGGCUCAUCACGCAGUCCGGAGACCGAAAGUCUCCUGCUUUCCCUCCGGCCCCGCCCAGUGACCCGCCGCCGCCGGGCGAGGCUGAGGACUCCGAUCGCGACGUCUCAUCUGACGGCUCCAUGAGAUAGGGGCCCGCUGCCCCCCGCGCCCCCACACUGCCCCCGGCGCCAGGCCUCGGCCCGCCGCCUCCCCUUCCUGGGUGCUCCUGCCUUCAGGCACGGAUGGGGGUCAGCACCCCAGUGCUGGAGCACGGACGGUGGCGGGGCCCCCCGUGCGCCCCCUCCCACCCUCGCUCCCAGCUGGUGCUCCCGGGCCACGUGGCGGGGACCCUCCCCUGGUGAAGAGCCGUGUCCGAGGGACCUUAGUGCCGCGCCUGGCCCUGGCGGGGCCGGGUGGCAGCUGCUUGGUGUGUGUGUGUGCAUGUGUGUGUGUGCGUGCGUGUGCGUGCGUGCGUGUGUGUGUGUGCGUGUGUGCGUGAGCGCGCGUGUGCAUGAGGCAUGCGCGUGCAUGAGCUCAGGGUCUUGAUUUCACGUGUCGGCCCGCUGGGCAUCAGGCUGUGCCCGGCACGGACUGGGGGACAGGACGGAGCGGCCCCGGGGUGACACGGAGUGGAAUCUUGAAUAGAAUGAAACCGCAAGCACGGCA